GACAGCUUGUUCGUGUGCAGUUCAGCGGUAGGGCCCUGACGUUGGAAUGCGAAACUACAAGUUAUUCAGCCGAAACAAACAAUUGACAAACCUAGCUGCACAAUCUGAAAACUAUCACAGCUCUCCUCAAGACUCAACUGUGGUCCGGGACUCGAGGGAGACUCUUAACUUACGGGGAUGAGACGACGUCGUUUAUCCCAGCGUUUUCAUUUUUGGGCUCGUUGAGUCUCUGUGUUGGCUCAGGAUGGCGCAGGGGGGCUCUCAGCUCGACUAUCACAUCCUGCAGGAUCUAAAGCAGCGUUUCCCCGAGAUCCCAGAGGGGGUGGUGUCACAGUGCCUUCUUCAGAACAACAAUAACCUGGAUCUCUGCUGCCACCUGCUGGCUCAGGAGAGUAAUAGAUACCUGUACGGAGAGUUCCAUCACAGCCCUGAGGAUGGUCGACUAAGCCGAAACCACAUGUUGCACAUCAGCCUGGGCUACCCUGGCUCAGAGGCAAACAAAGCAAAUGGAGGAGCACCAGGAGUGGGGCGCUCACUAGUGCACAGCACCAGUGAUAGUCACAUUGAACCGCAGCGACCCAGCUACCCCGAGCCACUGUCAGCCCCUGCAAACAUUGCCCCCUCUCCAGGUUACAACCCCUUUUUCAUGAACGAUCAGAGCCGGUCAGCUAGCACUCCUACCCCUCCACCAACAAUGCAGGGCAUGUCUCCCACAUAUUCCCCAGUCCCGCGUUACACUAUGAACCCUAUAACUGUCACACUUUCACAAACUAUACCCACUGUCCCACAAGCUCUGCAGAUUCCCCCAGGGCACUAUCCUAACAGCACCAAUACCACCCUGUAUAUUAGACCCUCUCCCUCCCAGAGCCCACAGCCGGCGCCUUGGUCCUCCUCAGGGGCGCCUGUAUAUCAGCAUCAGCAGUCCCCAUAUAGUACUCCCACAUAUGGCUCCCCAUAUAGUUCCCCCCAGCAUCAGGUCCAACCACAGCCCCAACCGCAGCCCCAACCUCAGCACCAGCAAUAUGUUUUCCUCCCUAUUAGCUCUCCCACCAUUCCCAGCAUGCCCUACCAUCACCAGCAACAACCCCAGCAGCCAGCAGUUUACAGGCCCUACCACACUAAAAGCUCACUCAAGAACCAGAUAGAGAUUACCCUGGAGGGUCCCAGACCUCGCAGCAGCUCACCUGUACACAACCCCCAUCCCCAAGGAUCGCUAUACAUGGCCACAAGCCCCUCACCAAGCUCACCCUCGAGGGGCAUCACUAUGACAGGACCUCAAGGCCCGGCAUCCUUCCACCCUGGGAUGUACCUGCAGCAUCAAGGACCUGCAAGGCCUCGGCCUGCUUCCUCUCCUCAGCCAGGCCAGUCUGCCUACACCUUCAAAAUCAAAGUGUCCUCAGGAGGACAGGCCCAGAGGCCUCCCAGCUCGCCGCCAGUGGCUGAGGCAGAGUCUCUGUUGAAUAUAGUAGACCACGGGGAGCACAACGCUGCCCCUGCACCCAUCCUGCCCAUCUCAGCUCUACCGGGAAACACUGCAAGUCAGUUUCACCAAAUGCCCAGACGUUCAAGCUCAGGCUCUGAUGACUAUGCCUAUACACAAGCUCUCCUGCUCCACCAGCGGGCUAGAAUGGAGCGUCUGUUGAAGGAGCUGCUGCUGGAGAAGCAGAAACUAGAGCAGCUAAAGGCUGAUGUCAACAAUAUGGAGUAUGACGCCCUUCAAAGGCGCUUUAGACGAGUGAACUCUACCAGUCUUAUACCUAGACCUGAAGAGAUGACCCGUUUGCGAAGUCUGAACAGACAGCUUCAGAUUGAUAUCGACUGUACCCUGAAGGAGACAGAUCUUCUGCAAUCAAGAGGGAAGUUUGACCCAAAAGCAAUGAACAACUUCUACGACAACAUUCAGCCUGGUCCUGUUGUACCGCCCAAACCUGGAAAGAAAGAAUCAGAGCAGGCCCCCAAACCAGUGCCAGGACCUCAGAGGGAUGAGGACUUUGAAGGCGCCCAGUGGAACUGUGAAAGCUGCACCUUUCUCAACCAUCCUGCACUUAACCGCUGUGAACAGUGCGAGAUGCCGCGCUACACCUGAGCUCCGCACUGUGCUGUAUUUUCCAGCCUCGCUCCCUCCCCUGCCAGUCCUUGGAGAGUAUAAGCUCCAUCCCCUCCAAAACCUGCAGAAUGUGUCCAGAGGUCUUCCCCUGUCAGUAAAUAUAUAUAAAUAUAUAUAUACCGUAAGACACCUUUUACCUGCUGAGGAAGAGCCACUACCCCUCUCUACCCACCUGACCUGCUUCAGUCUACUACUCCUGUGCACUUUGACUCUUUGAUGGCGGGUAAUGAAGUUUUUUUCUUUGUUUUUUUUUUUUUGUUUUGCUUUGUUUUGGAGGAUAGCUUGGUCUCUUCUCUUGGCAAAUGUAUAAAAUCAGGAGUGACACAGGGGGACAUGGCUUCGGAAAGGUCAAGAGGAUUGAUGUAGAGGAGCUAAGGUUUACCUUGAACAUUCCACGCAGGAUGAGUGACUGCCCUGUUUACAUGACCGCGCCCAUUCCUGAACUCAGAAUGGAGGCAACUCCACUUUAAUCCAGGACCUGUGACCCCCUCUCUCUGAAUGCGGGACAAUGAAAUCAAUGCUAUAUACGUUCUGACUAAUGCGAAAUGUAGACUGUACACUGUAUCUGGCUCUGUAUAAGAGCUCCUUUCACUGAAAGAAGAACACUAAAGACACUUGCAUAUGAGUAUAUUCCUGGUACUUUUAUGCAUAUUAUGCCACCCUGUAUUAUGUGUUCAUAAGAUGUUGAUUUCCUGUGCAAAUGCCUCAACUUGCUGUACCUAAUAAAGGAGCUGAUUCUAUGUGA